AUCUUUGUUUGCCCUGCUGUCGGCGUGCUCGACUUCAAGAACAAGCCCAAAGUCAACAUGGACGAUGAACGGGAGAUGGGCAGAGGGGUAACGAGACGUAAAACUGCGUCUAAUUUAACAUUUUGCGUCAAAAAGGAAAAUGAUGGGAAAUACAGAAAGGUUUAUGCUGCCCUACAAAAAAAGGAGGAAGAUCAAACAGAAGAAGAACGGCAACUGAUUCUGAAAAAUUCUGACUUGGUCAAGAAAGCUCGAGAUAGCCUGAAGAAGAAAGAGGAUAUGAAAGCUAGGUCUGAAGAAGUUGAAGACCCUGAUGAAGUAUUAGUACCCAAAUGUGAGGAAUUGGCUGCUGCAUUGAGAAAUUCUAAAAAUCUUGUUGUGUACACUGGUGCGGGAAUAAGUACUGCAGCUAAAAUCCCCGACUACAGAGGAUCUAAUGGUAUCUGGACUCUACUUCAGAAAGGGAAAGAUAUUGGGAAACAUGAUUUGAGUCGAGCCGAGCCAACUCUUACUCAUAUGGCCCUAUUUGAACUUUACUCCCAAGGAAUACUCAAAUAUGUGGUUUCCCAAAACUGUGAUGGUUUACAUUUACGUAGUGGCUUGCCACGUUCUGCUUUGUCAGAAGUUCAUGGUAAUAUGCAUCUUGAGAUUUGUGAAAUGUGUCGCCCCAGUACACAAUAUUGGAGAAUGUUUGAUGUUACUGAAAAUACUGGUCGUUUUACUCAUCGCACAAUGCGCCGAUGUCACUACUGUCAUUCAGCCCUCAUAGAUACCAUUAUUCACUUUGGAGAAAGAGGAAAUCAUCCUUGGCCGCUUAACUGGCCUGCUGCCAACAAAGCUGCUGAUAAUGCUGACACAAUACUCUGUAUUGGUUCAAGUUUAAAGGUUCUUAAAAAGUAUCCAUGGUUGUGGGGUAUGGCAAAACCAGCACGGCAACGCCCCAAGCUGUACAUCAUUAAUCUGCAAUGGACACCUAAAGAUGAUCAUGCUGUCCUUAAAAUAAAUGGACGUUGUGAUCGAGUUAUGCAAGAAGUAAUGAGAUGCUUAAAUCUGAAAAUCCCUGAAUAUUCUCGCUUGAGGGAUCCCAUUUUCUGCCAUGCCACACACCUACAUCCAGAUGAAAUGCAUACCACCUCACAACCAGAACUCGACAGUCCUUUUAAAAAGGAAGAAAAGCACAUUAAAGAAGAAAGUGUGGCACCUAAAAAGGAUCUAAAAAGAAGCAGUUCAGUUAGUGAAAUCGGCUGCCCAAUGAAAGUGAGGAGACUUGACAGUGAGCAAGAAUCCAGAUGUGUUGUGAAAGAAGAACCUGAUGAUCCUUCCAAUACUUCAACUGAACAAAUCUGUGCAAAAGUAAAAGAAGAGGAUGUUAAAGUAAAGCUGGAAAUAAGUGAUAAUGAACAAGCGAAUAUGAAUUCACAAUCAGCGUGGCAUGAAUGUGAAGCAUUUACUUUCUUUCCUUCAGCAGAGGAAAUUGUCGAUCAGACCAAUUCUUGUGUUGAUGGAAAGUCCUCAGUUGAUACCAGAGGGAUUGAUGGGACAGCUUUGCUUCUAACUGAAAAUGAAACUGAUGAAGCCCUUAAAAUUUCAAAGGAAAAUAUUGCUAGCUUAACAACUAGCUUUCACUCAAUAGACGGGAAAGAGAAUUUUGAUGUCUGCUUUACGAAAUCGUGUGGUACUGAUAACAUGAAAUCUGCUAAAAAGAUUGAGCCUGAGAAAACAGUUGAUAAUAAUUCUGAACUAGACAAGCCCUGCAAAGCACAAAAUCUCAGCAAGGGCAUUCACCUUGCUAAUGCUGAGUCUAUUUUGGAACCAUGUGGGAAAUCAUCUCUAAAAGAGCUAAAAUUGAACGGGAAAAGCAAUAAUGAUGUUUCUGAAGAUGAAGUGGUUGUAUUGAAAAUGUUGCAGCUUGAACAUAAUUACAGCAAAUCUUUGGACGAUUCCCACGACAGCAAAUUAGAUCUCAAAGAGUUAAAUCAAGAUACAAAAAAAGACUUCAGAGAUAUGAAAACUACUCAAAAUGAAUCAUUGAAAAGAAAUCUUAGAAGAACUUCUAGGGAUGCUGUGAAUUACGUUGAAGAUGAUGAGGAUGACAGUGAUGAGAGUGAAACUAGCGAGGACGAUGAGGGUGAAAGUAAAAAACAGCAAGGUGCAAGAGCCUCAAAGCAAUCCAUUAGUAAACAAACUUCCACUCAACCAGUGAAGAAGCAAGCUAAGGAAGAACCAAAGAAAAAUCUUAAAGAGGUUGAAAAAAAUAGCAUAGAAGGCAACAGUGCACCCCUAAAACCGAGAAAACCUCCCAAGCCUACACCUCCCCUGAAAAAUAAGAAGUUGACUAAAGCCGACUUUGAAAUGAAGGUUGAACUAAAAGCCAGACCCUGUGAUUUCUGCUCAAAUUAUUAUAGAUCCGGUGCAUGUUUGUUCUACCCUAGUUUGGACUUCCGUACGCGACAGAUUAAAGGAUGUAUUUGCGAAUGCUGUGACUACAGUAGUGAGAGUGAAGAGGCUGAAGAAGAAGGAAGCAAUGGAGAAACUAAUGAAGGUAAAGGUGAUAGUACUGAUAAUGGUGAUGAGGGAGCCUCAAAGUCAUCUGUUGUGAAUCCUGGUUGGUAUGGUAAAGGGUGUCGUAAACGCAUUCAGAAAAGAAAAUAAGGUAAUUAUUUGUUGGGCUGCCUGAGAAAAUAAUUUUUCUCUUCAAAUCAACGUGUAUACAAUACAAUACUAAUUUCUAAAGUUUUAGAAUCAUGUAAUGAUCAAAGUUAAAAAUAAUAAUUUACUCCAUUAAAUGGGGUGUGAUAGCUAUUGACAAGCUAAGUUUUCAGUUGGUGAAUACUGUACUUAGUAUUUUUGGUGUUGUGUUAGUUAUAGUGUUUUCUACCAUUCUUUUGGAGUUUGUAUCUGUGUAAAUUUGUUGUCAUUCCUACAAUAUGUUUUCAUGUUUCUUCUAUCCUAACUAAUAAUAAAAGGUCAGCAAGUUUUUGAGUGUCUUUGAAAUUUUAGUUUUUGGUUUUAUGUAUGUCCUUAAAUGGUUACAAACUGUAAUGUUUUAUUCUAAUAAUCCGGUGUUUCUUUUUACUUUGCUCUAUCCUUAAUGAAUUAGUUGUUGUUAUAUUACUUUAGUGCGAGAUUAAUUGAUUGAUUGAUUUUAAAAUAUUUGACUGAGAUUGACUGCUUCAGAACAACUGUUGUGUGGGCUUAUACUUUUUGCUUCCCAUUUUGUAUCUACGGUAACUAUUCAAUGUGAAUGAUCUUCGAUAAGCAGCUAAUUAUUUUCUCAAGGCAUAGACUGAUAAAUAUGCAAUAAGGCAACUAUUUUAUGUUGCAAAACUUUGUUAUCAUAAAUGUGCUGAAGGGCUAAAGUAAACUAAUUAUAAAUUUGGGAUCUCAUCUUGGGUGUUAUGUAUUUGGAUUGUAAAAUUUACAUUUAUUGAGCCUCUGUGAACCUUCUUGUUCAUGUUUACUUCUGGACAUAGGCAUUUUCUUGUCUGUAGCAAAACAUUUGAUUACAUUAUUUCACGCUUAUGAUGAUGACAUUUCCAUAUUGAGAAUUGGAGAAAGAGACCGUCCAUAGUACAAUAUACUAAUGUUUGCCCUUGAACAAUACUACCAAGAUAUUAUUACCGUUCUGUAUGAAACAUUCUCGCGUUGUAUUUUUUCUCACCUGUGGAAAUUGUACCCUUAAAAUUGAAGUAAGUUGGGACUGAUGUGUAUAUGUUUCUAAUUUAUUCAAGAAAUUAUGACAUAAUUAUAGAAUUCAGUUGGAGCAAAACAUUUGCAUUUGCUGAGUUAAGACAGCAACUUAAAGAUGUCUUGUUUGUUUAAAAAUUGAUUCCACUUGCCUGUGAAUCAUUUUUCUCUCUACCAUCCUCUUAUUUUACUGCGGUGAUAAUUAUUUUAACACUUGAAGAUGUUUACUUAUAUUUGUUUUUCUUAUUUUCAGUAUAGUUAAACUAUUUAUUUACUAUGUUUUUCUUUUUUUUCUGUUGCAGCAUAGUCAUGUACAAAAGACAAAUAGGUAAUGUCUUUGAUGUGGCUGUGCUUUGCAACUUUUUAAAUAAUAAGUUCUAUUCUUGACUGUUGUUCUUAGAAUUAAGAAACUUUCAGUCAAGUCAUAAAGUGUUUUUUUUUCCUCUUUUGUUGAUAAUUAUUCUGGUUGUUUCAUACCAACCCUUAGGGUCUCUGUGUGUCAAAGUGGUACUUAAACAUCUCAUCUUUUUUGAUUACAUGCCAACUCUCAGGGCUGUACUUAAAUAUAGCCAAUUUAUCAUGUGAAAAUCAUAUUGUUAUUAAGUCAUUUUUAUAGAAACCGGAUUGAGGCAGUCUGUAACAGUGUCGUUUUUUGUCCUUUACCAAACUAAAAAAAAAAUGUGCAAAUAUUUAUUUGGUAUAUUUGUAUUCCCAUCAGCAAACUGUUGUUCUUCACUAUUCUUUGACACAAUCCUGUUCUGUGAUUAUUUGGUCUCAUUUUGUGAAUAAAUUUAUAAUGUUAUAAUUUA